AUAAUGAUUUUUUUGAAUCUUUUAUUUGAAUAAAUAUUUUAAAACCAAUUGUUAAUGUUAUUAAAAGAAAAGUAAGAGAUGUUAAAGUCGGGUUAAGAGAAAAAUUACAUUGUGCUUAUUUUUUGUCAAGUGCUCAAAAGUAUACAAAUACGAAGAUGUUACUUCACGUGGGUAAAAAAUACCUAGAUUAUACGUGCGAACUCAAUUCAUGUACGAGAAACUUUGUUGAAGUUUAUAAGUUUCUAAAGAAAUCGAUAUAAUUUGAUAAUUAUUAUUCAAUUGGUUGUGAUCUUGUGAAAUUUUUCCCGUUAACUAAUUUUUUGUAAAUCAAAUAAGAGUUCAUGCUACUCAUCGAUUUCUUUCUGUUCAAACCUUCACUAUUAUUUGACUAUUGCAAUUGUCAUGAUUUGUAGAAAAUAAUACUCUUUAUUUUAAAAUGAGCAGAAGUCAAAUAAGUGACUUCACCAUAUUUAUCUUAUCCUAUUUACUAAUUAUUUAUUUAACGAGAGCCGAAAACUUGUCACAAUGUCCCACAAUUCAAGAAAUGAUUCCAUGUUCUUGCACAGUGAAGAAAAAUGGCUUGGAUGUUAUUUGUGAAUUCACUGAUUUCAAACACAUAAGUAGAGCAAUGGAUAGUUUGAAAAAGCGGCAAAACUCUAUCAUCUUCUACCUAAAGUUGAGACACAAUGAUUUACCAAAGCUACAAGGGUUUGUUUUCCUCGGUUUAAACAUUCAUCACUUGACUAUACACAACAGCAGUCUUGCCGUCAUAGAAGAAACAUCACUAUCGUCAAUUGGAAAAUCUCUCACUCAAUUGGAUAUUUCACAAAACUCCUUAGCAUCAGUACCAUCUGUUGCCUUGAAAAAUCUGCAUCACCUUCUUAUUCUAAAUAUUAAUCAUAACAAAAUAACAAUUAUUCAUAAAAGAGCAUUCGAAGGCCUAGAUACAUUAGAAAUCUUGACGGUUUAUGAGAACAAGCUAUCUAUGAUUGAAUUUGAUGCUUUUAAAGGAAUCGAUAAGAACUCGAUAACGACCCAAACAGACCGCAUCUGUCCGAGGACAAGAGGCACGGCGGUAGACUAG